AUGAAAUUCAAAAAGUAUUCUGGAUUAAUUUCUCAUCUUCUUGUUACGAAACAACAUAAUAAUCUUUUAAUGAAAAACCAUGAAAGUCGACCUCCUGAUACUGCUCCAUUCCCUGAAGUGAAUCCUGCAUAUUUUCACCAAACAAUGCUUGAAAGAAGCCCUAACCCCAGUCAUGCUUAUGGUCGUAGUCGAGGUAGAUAUUUUAAUCAAGGUGAUCGCCUUAUACUAAACAAUGAUCUUCAACACCAGCAGUGUAAAAAAAAGGGUGAAGCUACUAAAGCGGUGCCAAGAACGAGCUCUAAAAAUAAAUGUUAUCGAUGUGGAGGAAAAGAGAACUGGUCACGUACCUGUCGUACGUCAAAGCAUCUGAAAAAGCUCUAUCAGGCAUCCCUUAAGAAAACAGAUAACGAUGCAGAAACAAACUUUAUCUUUGAAGAUAAUGUUGAGCCCAUGAAUUUAGAUGUCUUGGAUUUCUUUAUAGUCUCUGAAAGACACGUUAAUCACCGUAUUGGUGAUGAAUAUGAAAUAGUUUGA